GUCGUCCAGUGUUCGGCGGGUGCAGAGGUGGAUGGCGGACGAGGGGAUACGGGACACGAGAGCGCCCGUGGGUGGUCAGCGACAGCGGAUGGACAACGGAGAGAGGGACGAGAUUCAGGACGCCCUCGAUGAGGAGGAGGGUCGCGAGGGUGGGGUCGGGGAGGGGGGGGUGGCAGACGAGGCAGACGAGGCAGUCGGAGAGCCUGACCUGCCAGGGGAGGAGGUGGUGAUCACGUCGAGAGGCGUCGGUCGAGCGGGUCCCGCUCCUAGGGCGCCUCGACCUGAGUUGGAGCGCGUAAGGAGGGAGAAGAGGGGAGUGGGGAAGGCUGACGUCGAGGUGCGAGACACGGGCAGGGAGAAGAGGACUCGGCAGACGACGAUUGAGGAGAUGUACGACAAGGAGAAGUUGGCCGAGUUCAUAGACGCGUGGCCGCAAUGGAUCUACGCGAAGGGGUUGCCAUUCAACGCCUUCCGUGGUCCGGAGUUCCAGAGGGUGUGGCACACGACAGAGAGAGUGCCUCGCACUAUCCAGUUCCGGUUUCCCUCCUACAGGGUUACAGCGGGCGUCCGGAUCCCUUCGCAAAGGGCGAAGGUGAGGACGAUGGUGAGCGAGGUGCGCGCCGCUUUCCGGCACACCGGUGCCACCAUCCCCUCCGACGGGAGGAAGUCGCACAGCGGCAAGCUGCUCGUGAACUUCCUCGCCAGGGGCGCCAGGGGCGCCUUGCUAUACGCCACCAUCGCACGUGACGGGUCGGUCCGAGAUACAGCGGACAUCGUGUACCGUAGGUGGCGGGCCAUCAUCUUGUCCUUUCCUGCAAAGGACGUGAUCGGCUUCUGCACAGACUCCGCCAGUUACUAUAUGGCGGCAGCACGCAGAUUCGCCACGAACCCCGAGCCCGACAUUAGGAGGAUCACUUGGCUCCCCUGCUCCACCCAUGUCUGCAACUUUAUGUUGUCAGAUAUCGGGACGCGAGUGGGGUGGGUCAAGGACACCAUCAUACGCGCUCGAGCGCUUGUGCGAUUUAUUAAAUUGCACGGCGCUUCUCACGCCCUGUUUAGGAAGGUGAGCCCUCGAGUUCAGCUCGUCGAGCCCGUUGAGAAACGGUUCGCAUCGGUUUUCCUGAUGCUGACGUGUCUCAGAGGCCGACAAGACGCGUUGGAGAGCAUGUUGCACGGGGAUGCUAGGGCACACAUCCCGUGGGAGCGCAGGCUUGUCUCGCAGGCGCAGUGGGUGCAGCAGCUGAUCCGGGACUGGGAGUCUUGGCGGUGUAUCCAGUACGCCGUCCUUGUCAUGACGGUCGUCCACCAGUUGUUGCGCAGGAUGGAUAGGGGGGGGAUGAUAAUGUCCAUCGUUUACGAGUGGAGUCAGCAUGUGUUGCGGUUGAUGAGGAGGGUCGACGUGUUGGCGGACAUGAUCGAGCCGUGUAACGGCGACGAUUCGGUCGGCAGACUGUACAACACCGUGAGGGACCAGAUGAGGCACUUCCACUCGAGGCGAGGAGAUUGGGGAGAUCGGUCCCUCUCCGAUGCCGAGGCGGACGAUUGCAGGGGAGACCGCGAGAGCGAGCGUUGUGCGGCGUGGUGGUUUGACCAUGGACGUGCCCGCCCGGAGUUGCACACCAUCGCCAUCCGUGCCAUGCACUUGUGGACGUUUGUCUCUCCCGCGGAGAGGAACUGGGCGCAGCACGAGCGCAUCAACACGGCGAGGCGCUGCAACCUUGGGUUUGCCAAGCUUGCACAGCUGGUUGAGAUUGCCACCAAUCUCAAACUGGCCUCGUGCGCAUGGCAGGGUGGUGGCUACGUGUUGCCAUGGGUUAUGGGGACCGGUCAAGAGGGGACGGCGGGAGAGGACGAGGAUGAGGAGGGAGACGUGGAGCCCGAGGUGUGGGGAGCGCGACCUGCUGCCAGUGUUCCCGAGCAAGAUAUCCAGCGGCAGAUUGUCGCUUUCCAUGACAUCCGACCUUCCAAAGCCCAUUCGGUUCACGACGUGUUCGGCAAAAGGGUGACGGAGCUGCGACCGUGGACGGAGGGCGGGGAUGAUGCGAACGCUGAUGCAGGAGACGACGACAUCGACGACCAGUGGAGAGACGAUGAUGACGCGCCGCUAAGUGGCGACGCGACGACUGAGCGGGUGUACUUCACUUACGGUGGGGGACGUGACGGCAUGGCUUCAUUCACACCAGUUAUCACUGAUGAUGUGUCGUCGACCGGACAGACGAGUGGCACCAGCAGAGCCGGUGGUCGUCGUGGAGGACGUUCGCAUGCGGAGGUUGGCAUCGACGACUCGGGGGAGCAGGAGCCACAGGGAGGCCUUCGACAGACAGGAAGGAGUUGGGAGGUUAGGAGCGACAGUGAGGCCGAGGAGGAAGCCGAGGAUGAGGAGGUGCCCCUUCGCGAUCGUCGCUUCUCUCCCUCCCAUCAUCCGAGCACUGCACAGCCCGAGGCACUUAGGUGUUCGGAGAGGUUGGCGUUGACAGCAGGUAGAGACCGGACACAUGACGGCGAGGAUCGUGGGGGGGAGAGCACUCCUUCCGACGCCGGUAUCCGCCCCCGCUCGCCGUCGGAGCUCCUCACACACGACUUUGACAUCGAAGGACUUGGUGGGGGCUUGGGAGAUUUCAGUGUCGAGGGACGUCGACGUGCCUCACCGUCGGAGGUGCGCACUGACGAGGACAUUGUGCGGGGCCGUGUUGAGACUGAGGAGGAGCAGGAUGCCCGUUUGGACCAAGAGGAGGAGGAGCGGCUAGAGAAUUUGCCCGGAUGGGAGGGAUGUUGCCGUGGGCGGUGGGUCCCUCGUGGAGGACGUGGCGACGGCGAGACCACGGGUGAUGAGGGACAGGGUGCCGCCGUGUGUGGCAGGGGAGAGGGUGGACCCGGUGGAGAUGGGGAUACCGUGGGUGUUGGGGGAGACGAUGACAACGACCACGGUCUCGAGGACGAUGCGUAUAGGCUCGCCUUGGUGUUGAGGGACCCCACAGUAGCUCCCUUGCGCCCUGACGACUUAGCGCACGCUUUCUUCCACGCCGACACUUUGGCGCAAGCGUUGACGGAUGACCCUUUCGCACACACGGGCCRCAGGAGCGGCAAGAGGCGGCCCCCUGGAGGGGAAUAUUCACCGCCGCCGUUCGUAGUGCAGAGCCCUCAAUGGUCGGGUUCGUCGCUCAGCGGCGUGAGAGGGAGGGAGUCCGGAGCGGGUGAGGUGGGGUCCGGCAGACGCAGCGAGGGCGCCAGAGACAGUGCAGGAUCGAUGCCUCCACCGCCCGCACGGGCUCUAGAGGCUGGCGUCGACGCCGAGGACCAGACGGCGGCACCCGGAGUUGCGCACAGUGGCAGUUCCCCGCCGCCAGUCCGAGGUGGUGUGGGUAGCGGAUGGUCAGCUCAUCAUCGGGUCGGGGACCAGUUGCAGGCGGGUUACGACGCCGGGAGGGGKGUCUUCGUGGGACGUACGCCAGUUCAGACGCAGGCUGCGGAGGGUGGGUCCGGACGUCCAAGCCUGCAGAUGGCAGGCCGCAUGCUCGGUUUGUCACGAGCGGUGGCGAGGAGAUCAUUGGUCCUCCAGGCCGCAGGGACAUCCACGGACAUGCUACGGGGGCAGCAAUACACAUCGCGCGAGGAGGGGUUGUUGAUGCGUCCCGGGACGAGACGACACCGAGACCACUCGGAGGUUGAGGCUCGACUUGUGGCAGAGAUCGCCGCUGGCCAGGCAGCAUUGGACGCGAUUCAAAGGGAGAGAGAGACGAUUGUUGCACGGGCGGCGGAGGACGAGGACGCAAACACAGAGUCCGAGCCGAUCGAGACUAAGGUCCGCAGACGCAGGGCACAGGUGGUCGCGGCAGCCACUGCAGCACAGGCGGCAUACCUCAGCGGGGCACAGGGCACAGGUGCCGGAGGGAGAGGAGGGCGCCGGGGAGGACCACUUGGCCGCCCGUCCUCCAAGAGAGGUCGCGCACGUUCUGAAGGGAGAUGACGACGUCCGUGUUUUUUUUUUAUUUCAUUAGUUUUUUUUUUGCGUGGCUGGACGCUCUGUCGGCAGGGUUGUUGCAUAUUUAUGUCGAUGUUGUUCCAUAGAGAUGACGACAUUAUGUGGACAUUAGGGGUUUUUUUUUUUUUUUUUUUUGCUACUCAGUUGUACGGUACAGACGACGGGUCCAGUUUUUGGCUUCUUUCUUGUACAUACGCAUUUCCAUUGAAAUGCUUUGUCAUUUAUUUGCUCUUGUUCGUGUUCCUCUUCCAACCUUGGUUUUGCAUAUGAGUCACUGUUGUCUGGUGAGUGGUUUCUGGUUUGUUGUUUUAAUUGUUGCAAAUUAUGUGCUUCUCCGAUGCCACACACCUGCAUGUCAUGGAUGCCUCCAUUCUGAAUGUGCUGUUAAUUUCAUAUGCCAAAUAGGGAUGAUGUGCUAAUGAAUGUGUUUUUACUUA